AUGUCUUCGAAUCGGUACUCCUUGCGCCAGACUCCUAGGAAGAAGGAGCUCUUUGACGGCAUGGUCGAGACCCCUCGCCGCGUCUCUUCCAGGCGCAAGUCCCCUGAGACUGCCACCGGCGCAGAGGUCACCGAGUCAAAGCCCGAAUCCCGCGCAGCCCCGAGACGGCGCACUACUGGCAAGUUCCGGGAGGAGAUCUUACACGACGAGGCCGAGGAGCCUCUUACCAACGGUCACACAAAUGGCUACGCAAACGGACAUGCCAAUGGACACGUGAAGGAAGAGAAGGAGCAUGCCGUGAACAGUGACGGUCACGCCAUCAACGGCCACCUCGAGACGAAAACGGAGAAGACGGCAGAGGCCAACGGCCAUGUUCACUCCGAGACCAAGGAGGUUCUGCCUGCCUACAAGAAGGGCGAAAUCAUUGAUGGCUGGGAGGUCGGCACGGAUCCCAAGAUUGACGCCUCUGGCGAGUUCGAGUUUGGUGGCAGCCUCGGCGCGCUCUCGCUGAUGAUCGGUUUCCCUCUGCUCAUGUGGUACAUGUGGAUUGGAGCCACAUACUACGACGGCAAGCUGCCCAUGCGUGAGGAUGGCCAGACCUGGGGCGAAUUCGGCAGGCACCUCGUGGACCUUGUCUACACUGGCGCGUUCCCCACUCUCCGUGCCUGGCGCAUCUAUUGGACCUUCUUCAUAUUCGAGGGUAUCUGCUACUGCGUCCUGCCCGGUGUCUGGGCCUGGGGCAAGCCUCUUCCUCACGAGAACGGCAAGCAGCUCAAGUACUUCUGCAACGCCUACAUCAGCUUCUACUUCACCAUCUCGGUCAUGGCCGUCCUCCACUUUAGUGGCCUCUUCCCCGUCUAUACCUUCAUUGAUGAGUUCGGACCCCUGAUGUCCGUAGCUAUUCUGAGCGGAUUCAUUGUUUCCUUCAUCGCAUACUUCUCUGCUCUGUGGAGGGGUGCUCAGCAUCGCAUGACCGGCUACCCGAUCUACGACUUCUUCCUGGGAGCCGAGCUUAACCCCCGUAUGUUUGGCAUUCUGGACUUCAAGAUGUUCUUUGAGGUCCGCAUCCCCUGGUUCAUCCUCUUCGGCCUCAGCUGUGGUGCUGCCGCCCGUCAGUAUGAACAGUACGGCUACGUCUCGGGCGAGGUGCUCUUCCUGGUCAUGGCUCACUACCUGUAUGCCAACGCCUGCGCUAAGGGCGAGCAGCUCAUUGUUCCCACCUGGGACAUGUACUACGAGAAAUGGGGCUUUAUGCUCAUCUUCUGGAACCUUGCCGGCGUUCCCCUCUCGUACUGCCACUGCACAAUCUACCUUGCCAACCGUCACCCCUCUGAGUACAAGUGGAACCCUUACGCGCUCACACUCCUCUUCGUCUCCUACCUCUUCGCAUACUGGGUUUGGGACACAACCAACAGCCAGAAGAACUCCUUCCGCGCGCAGGAGCGCGGUCAGCUCACCCCGCGUCGUACCUUCCCCCAGCUGCCCUGGCAGACGGUCAAGAACCCGAAGACAAUUACCUCGGCCAAGGGCGACGUCAUCCUUGCUGACGGCUGGUACGGCUACGCUCGCAAGAUUCACUACACCUGCGAUGCCUUCUUCGCCAUCUGCUGGGGCCUCAUCACUGGCUUCAAUAGUCCCUUCCCCUGGUUCUACCCCGUCUUCUUCUGCGGCAUGAUUGCCCACCGCGCCGCCCGUGACAUUCACCGCUGCCGUCAAAAGUACGGUGAUGCCUGGGCCCAGUACGAGCGCGAGGUCCCCUACCUCUUCAUCCCCUAUGUCAUCUAA